ACCUUUUAUCAGAACCGUGAAGAUGACAUUACACUGGUCAAUGAUAGAAUAUGAUGGCAAGUUAAUAACUAGUUGAAUUUUUUAAAGUUUAAACAUAGUUAUAUCGAGUUCUUUUUAAAACUUAUAUAUUUUUAUAAUAGAUUAGAAGCAAUUUAUCAAUAAAUAUAAUCAACAUUUAUGGGUGUUUUUUAAACUAAUUAAUAAUUAUUCUGUUUUAAAAAUAUAUUACAAUAAAAAUGGUAUUCAUGACGUGGUUCGAGAUCCUUGAUGGGCAGAUUAACCCUGACUGGAGAACUAAAGAUUGGCCAAUGAUGUCGACAACUGCAAUCCCUGUAUUAUUAGCUGUAAUAUAUAUUAUUUUUGUCAAAUUUGUUGGUCCAAACUACAUGGCAAAUAAAAAACCCUACACACUUCGAACAGCAUUAGCAAUCUACAACACAGCACAAAUAUUGGCUUGUAUAUAUCUUACUGUGGAGUAUUUUAAAACAAAACCAAAAAUGGGUUGUGAUCCUUUAGAUGUCUCAGAUGAUCCAACAGCAUUAUACGCAGCAAAACUAGUGUGGUGGACGACAAUUUUAAAAUUAUCUGAAUUCAUUGAGACUGUUUUCUUUGUACUUCGAAAAAAACAAAAUCAAGUUUCUGCUCUCCACAUAUACCAUCACAUAACAACUUUUUUUUUAGUAUGGAUUGCCUCAAGAAUAAAUCCAGGUGGUAUUGUACGGAUACCUGUUAUGUUAAAUAACACGGUUCACAUGGUUAUGUAUUCAUAUUACUUAUUAUCAUCAAUGGGUCCGGGAAUACAAAAUAAAAUUAACAGUUACAAAAAAUACAUUACUAUCAUACAAAUGGUACAAUUUUGUAUUUUGAUCGUUAACUCGAUAUUUUAUUUGACUCCUAGCUGUCAAGUACCUAAUAUUUACGGAUUGAUUUUUAUACCUAAUGUGUUUAUUGUAUUUUAUAUGUUUUACGAUUUUUAUAGAAAAUCAUAUACAAAAAAACCUAUUGACAAUCGCAAUAGUAUAAAAAUUAACAAUAAUAAUAAUAAUAAUAACAAUUAUAAAAUUAAAGGAAAACUUUAAACAUAUUUAUUAUACAUUUUAACAUUAUUUAUUUAUAACAUAUAGUUGAUUAGAAAUAAUUGUUCAUUUUUAAUUUAUGUAGUUGAGAGGCAUUAUAUUAUAAAACCUAUAAGUUUUACAUGCUAUAACUAUUCUUUAAUAAGUUCAAUUAAAUGAUUAUAAAUGUAUAACUUUAAAAAGAUCUAUAACUAUUAUUUAACAAUUUAUGUAUCAUCAUCAUUAUUUAUUAUCGCUAUUUUCUACAAUAAAUAUAAUUUAAUAAUUUAACUAUAAUUUAUGUAUUUUAUAAUUUAUUUAUAAGUAUAAUGAACACAUAAAUAUAUUUAUUCAAACAAUAAAUUCAUUAAACGCACUAAGUAAAAUUCAAUAUCAUUUUUAAAUAAUACCUAUUAGAUUUAAUUAUUUAUACACUAGGGGUUUUUACAAUGAAAUUAAAAAGGUUUGCAUGAUAAUAAUUCAUUUAAAUAUAUUUACUGCGUAUAAAUAAUAUUAUUCUUUUUGGUGUGGCCGACAUCUUUGAUUUUAAUAUAAUCAUUGAAACUUAUAACUUAAACCUUAUUUAAAAGUUAAUGAAUAUUGGUAAACGUAUUCGUUCAGUAAAUAUUUAUAUAUUUUAAAUUGAAACUUAAAUGUGAUUUUAAUUAUUAAACUAAAUUAUGCAUUUACAUAAAUAUUUUAAAACUAUAGACGAUUUUUUUAGGGUUCAUUUGCUAUAAAUAGUUAACUAUAACUAUUCCGUUAUUAUUUUUAUUUUUAUUAUUCUGUUUUCUGUGUAAUAUUAUGCUUGUAUUAAUAUAAAUUAGUUAUUAAAAUAUUUUAAGUUACAUCUUUGAAUUAUUAUAUUUGCUGUAUAUAAUUUUUAUUUUAGUAUAAUAAUAAAUAUUAUAUGCCAAUAUGUUA